UCUGUAUUUCAGCAGUUCAUGGGUGUAUCAACUGAAACUAGGUCCGUCGUUGGUGACUUAUGUUAUUUUCCUUUUCGGUUCCAUUAAGACUUCUUUUUUCCGGGGGAUUUUUCUCUGUUAUGAAAUAAAACCAUCUAUCUUAUGCUUGUUCUGCUGCUGCAGCUGAUGAACACACUAACUGAAAGCUGAGAAAGGUCAGCGCAUGGCGAGAGGAGCUUGACUUUGUGAAUUGAUCGAAGUGCAUAUUUAUAGUCUACUAGGUGGAGAGGGAGGGAGGGGCAUUUUAUCCCGAAAUAAGUGAGCAAGCAGAGCACUGCAGAGAGGGAAAAGAACAAGAUGGCAAACAGGGAGGAAAUCCAGCCUCGCGAUGUUUGUAUCGUUGGAAUGGCGAGAACUCCUAUCGGUUCCUUGAAUGGAUCUCUGUCAUCGCUUUCAGCCUGUGCUCUUGGCUCACUGGCAAUCAAAGCUGCACUGAAGCGCAGCGGUGUGCAGCCAUCGCAAGUGGAGGAGGUCUACAUGGGGAAUGUCUUGAGUGCCAACCUUGGUCAAGCGCCCGCGCGGCAGGCGGCACUGGGCGCAGGUUUGCCGCCGAGCGUCGUGUGCACGGGGGUGAACAAGGUCUGCGCUUCAGGGAUGAAAGCCAUCAUCCUGGCAGCUCAGAGCAUCAUGCUAGGACUGAACGAUGUCAUUGUCGCGGGCGGGAUGGAGAGCAUGUCGAAUGCGCCGUACUAUCUCAGUAAAGCACGACAAGGAUACAGGAUGGGCCACGGAGAGCUGAUCGAUGGCAUGCUGAAAGAUGGGUUGUGGGAUGUGUAUAACGAUCAGGCGAUGGGGAUCUGUGCAGAGCUCUGUGCGGAGACACACCAAAUCUCCAGAGAGGAGCAGGACAACCACGCCAUCUCCAGCUACGAGAGGGCGGCAGCAGCACAUUCCACAGGUGCGUUUGCUGCUGAAAUCGUCCCCGUCGAGGUGAAGGGCAGCAAGGGGAAGCCAUCGACAGUCGUGGAGAAGGACGAUGCCUACCAGAAAGGCGAUCCGGUCAAACUGCGGGUGCUCAGACCGGCAUUCAAGGAGAACGGGACCGUGACGGCUGGCAAUGCUUCCACGAUAAGCGACGGUGCGGCUGCGAUGGUUCUUGUCAGCGGAGCGAAGGCAAGCACUUUGAAACUGGAGGUGCUUGCACGGAUAAAGGGCUUUGCAGAUGCUGCACAGGCACCCGAGUUGUUCACGACUACACCGUCUCUGGCAAUCCCGAAGGCGAUCCUGAAUGCGGGAAUCGGUAAGGAGGAUGUCAACUACUAUGAGAUCAACGAAGCAUUCUCGGUGGUGGCGCUUGCAAACCAGAAGCUCCUGGGACUUAGCCAUGAGAAUGUGAACGUUCACGGAGGUGCCGUGGCGCUCGGGCAUCCAUUAGGCUGCAGCGGCGCACGGGUUGCCGUCACACUCCUUGGAGUCUUGAAGAGGAAAGGGGGAAGGAUUGGAGUGGCGGGKGKGKGKRAUGGKGGRGGKGGRGSRKCAGSUAUGGUGAUUGAAGCCUUAUGACAAAGCCAAGAUGAAGCAGGAAGGAAGGUGGGAGGAAGGAAGGAAGCAAGCUAUGUAUCAGCCUUAUGAUGACAUUCAUUGCUCGCAUACUAAGUUGUGCAACAUGGUCCAAGUGCAGACAGAAUAUAGUGUGUGACUGUGACAGAGAAAGGGGGAUGGAUUGGAGUGGCGGGUGUGUGUAAUGGUGGAGGUGGAGCAUCAGCUAUGGUGAUUGAAGCCUUAUGACAAAGCCAAGAUGAAGCAGGAAGGAAGGUGGCAGGAAGGAAGGUGGCAGGAAGGAAGGAAGCAAGCUAUGUAUCAGCCUUAUGAUGACAUUCAUUGCUUGCAUACAAAGUUGUGCAACAUGGUCCAAGUGCAGACACAAUAUAGUGUGUGAUUGUAACAGAGAGGUGGAAUAGCAUGUAUCAAUGAUGGUGGAGAUGAGUGUGGAAUUUCGACUAUGGUGGUUCUAGUCUUGCAGCAAUGCCAAAGGAUAAGGUGUGGAUGGGUGAAGAGAGGAAUGUAGGGAGGGAGGAGGGGAGGGAGGCAAUGGAUAAAUUGUGUCUGGUUCUGCUCAGUUGUGCCGGAGGGAGGGUGGGGUGGAGAUGAGUGUCGAGUUUCGACUAUGGUGGUUCUAGUCUUGCAGCGAUGCCAAAGGAUGAGGGGUGGAUGGGUGAAGAGAGGGAUGGAGGGAGGGAGGAGGAGGGGGAGGCAAUGGAUAAAUUGGUUCUGGUUCUCCUCAGUUGUGCCGGAGGGAGGGUGGGGAUAAGGUGUGUCAGAUUCUGCUGAGCUGUGCACACAUGCCGCAGAUGCUUGCAGUUGUUUGGGCUCACCUUCCCUUCCUCAAGUGUGUCAUUGGACCUCGCUCCACAACAGAACACUCUUAUGUAUCUGCGGCAAAUGAUCGUCCUGCGGCAAAUGAUCGUCCCGAUGCAUGUAAAAUGUUGCACUUGCGCGAAUGCACCUGGUCCAGAACGCGUCCAAAUGCAUGUGGAAUGUUGAUUAGUGGAGCAAGGCCCAUUCUCUUUCUGAAACUCUUGAUUGUUUGCCUCGCUCGAGGGUGAGGCUGCAAAUUUUUCUGGAGGUCGUGCCAAUAAAGAAAAAGUGGAUGGCUUAUUCACUGUGCUAGGCGAGAAAACAGGCAGACAGCAGCAGUCGUCGUUUGAGGUUUCCGCCUCGUCUGAGGGUGAGGCCGCAGAAUUCCAGAGGUUGUGCCAAUAAACAAAAAGUGGAUGGCUUAUUCACUUUGCCAGGUGAGAAAGCAGCAGGCAGACAGCAGCAGUCGCCGUUUGCGGUUAAGGUCGUCGAUGCCUUGUCCAUGCUUGGCAAGUUGCCACUUGUGACAGACACAGGUUGCUCGUGCCGCUUGGCAGUCAGAAAAGUACGGAGUGACAGUGAGUGUACUUACGGAGAACGGUAAGUUGAACGGAACUUGUCAGGCUGAGAUCUGAUGCAGACAGGUUGCAAAUGGUGUUUAAACUUUGAACUUUAAACUUUAAAAAUGGUAUAAAAACUUAUUAAAAGUUAAAAACACAAUUGAACUGGAAGCAUGCUGUGUGUGUGUGGGAUAAGUGGGUGUGUUGCGGACAACGCGGCUGCGGCUGAUUUAUUUACUCCAUCACUGUUUUGAAAAAUUCCGACUCUCUGUCUUGAUUUAUUUUUUUUUUUUCCACAUCUGCAGCUUUCUUUCGAAUCGCAGCUUUUUUGAA